AGUCAAUUCUAUAUAUGUCCGUGGACAGGGCGGGGUGACGUCUUGGUUCCGGUACAAUGGCUGCAAUGAAACAAGAAAUGUACGCGAUGUCGAUCCCUAACGCUCUUGUUUACACCGGAGACAACAAUGACAGUGUUUGACGUCGCGGAGUAAAAGCGUGGCAGGGGAGAAAAGUGUCUGCAGCGCCUGUCGAAGAAUACAAUGAGGACGCUAUUUACAUUGUGUUGUUUGUUCCUUUUUAUCAGCGAAGCGGACGGUGCGUGGGCCACUGCAAGUCACAUCAACCGCAGCAACCUCUCCGAUUUGACGGCAGAUAGCAGCAGCACCUGCUUGGAAGUACAGCUUGCUGUACAACCACAAGGAUGGAGUUGCCCCAGAAACAGUUCAGCCCACUAGAAUCAAUCCCUCCUUUGCAGUCUUCCACAGCCAGCCGGUCCCCAGGUGGAGAUUCAUCAGACAAUACUACAAAGAGUGCAGGAUCCCCCUUCAGUCUUUGAGAAGAUGCACAGGGUGUUGCAGCAGUUUUCACUGCACCCUUUUGUAAAACUAUAUCUUCUGAUUUUUACAAGGUCAGGUACCAUGAAUUGAAUUGAAUUCCUUUAUUGUCACGUUAACGCAGUGUUAACUGUGAAAAUCUGUUUGGCAGCUCCACAUUAAAGUCAAGUUAAAGUCCCAAUGAUCGUCACACACACAUUUGGGUGUGGUGAAAUUUGUCCUCUGCAUUUAACCCAUUCCCAUGUGAUUUUGAUCCAUCCCCUGGGGGAGAGGGGAGCAGUGAGCAGCAGCGGUGCCGCGCUCGGGGAUCAUUUGGUGAUCUAACCCCCCAAUUCCAACCCUUAAUGCUGAGUGGCAGAUCAUGCACAUACAUACGUAUAUAUAACAGUAUAAAGUACAGAUAAAAUGCAAUACAAAAAAAUAAUAAACAAGAAUCAAAUCUGCGUUUGAGCGAUCAAAGUGCACAAGGCGAGGGGGCUGGAUAUUGCACUUGUUGCUGUGUGUGUGUGUGAUGGGGGAAUCUGUGUCAGUCUUUGCAUGGGAUGAGCAGUGGUGGAGUGAUGGUUUUAACAGCCUGAUGAAACAAAACCGUUGCUCAAUCGUGAAGUUCUCAAUGUUAAGAAGCAGUACCUUUUACCAGAGGGGAGUGGGAAGAACAGGGCAUGACCAGGGUGUGUGGAAUCAAUACUGAUGUUUUUGUCUUUUUUAUUGAGUCGACCUGUGUUGAUCUCUUCAAGGGAGGGCAAUGUAGUCCCGAUUAUCUUCUCUGCCGUCCUCACCACCCGCUGCAGGUCCUUCCUGUCCUUUGCAGUGCAGCUGGUGAACCACACUGUAUAGCAGUAGGUCAGGAUGGAUUUGAUGGAUGCUCUAUAAAAGUUAACCAGCAGGGGGCGUGGAAUUUGAUGCUGUUUCAGCUUCCUGAGGAAGUAAAGCCUCUGGUGUGCCUUCUUCACCUGUUUCAAGGUGUGGAUGGACCAGGUGAAGAUGUGAAUUCCCAGGAACUUAAAGCUCUCCACUCUCUCAACCUCCUCACCUCUAAUAGAGAGGGUGGGUGGCACAGUCCUUUUGGCUUUCCUAAAAUCCACAAUUAUUUCUUUUGUCUUAGUGGUUAGUUGAGUUAAGUUCCAGGUUGUUCUAAGAGGACCAGUCGAUCAAAUGUUUGACCUCCUCCCUGUAGGCUGACUCAUUGUUCUUAAUCAGUCCUACAAUAGUGGUGUCAUCAGCGAACUUAACGAUGGUGUUUGUGGGAUGGAUGGGGAAACAGUCAUGCGUGAACAAAGAGAAGAGAAGCGGGCUGAUGACACACCCCUGUGGUGUUCCAGUGUUCAGUAUGAGUGUGGAGGAAAAGUGGUCUCGCAUCCUGACGCGCUGUGGUCUGUUCCUGAGAAAGUCCCAUAUCCAUGCACACAGUAAAAUGUCUAAGCCCAGGUUGUGCAGCUUUGUGACCAGCUUCUGGGGAAGGACCAUGUUAAAUGCUGAGCUGAAGUCCACAAUUAGCCUUCUCACAUAAGUGUUUCUCUGAUCCAGGUGAGUGAGGGCUGUGUGGAGCGCCAUCAUGACUGCAUCCUUUGUUGACCUGUUUGCUCGGUAGGCAAACUGGUACUGGCCGAUGUUGGCUGGGAUGGCGGACUUGAUGGAGGGAAGGAUGAGUCUCUCAAAGCAUUUAGUGAUAAUAGGGGUAAGGGUUAUUCUUGGGUAUAGGGACAAUGAUGGCAGAUUUAAGACAGGUGGGAACCACGGCCUGCUGGAGCGGGAGGUUAAAGAUGGUCGUGAAUACCUCCGCGAGCUGGUCUACGCAGGCUUUAAGUACCCAUCCCGGGACACCAUCUGGGCUAGGUGCCUUCCUUGCGUCGACUUUCCUCAGGAUCUUUCUGACCUGUUGUGGCUGGAGCUGUAGUCGGCUCUCAUCCGCUGGUGGAGCAAGGAUUGGGUUUUCCCUGCUGUGAUGGUCGAAGCGGGCGAAGAACUGGUUCAGUGCAUCUGGGAGGGUGCUAUCUGAUGGUACUGUGGCUGUGGUGUUGUACCCAGUCAGGGCCUUAAUCACUUGCCACAUACCUCUGGAGUUAUUUUUUGUAAAGUGUGUCUAUACGCUUUUGGUAGCUGUGCUUGGCCUUCUUGAUGCCCCUCCGCAGGUUUGUCCAUGCUUCCUGCUUUGCAAAACUGCCAACAACUCAGGAGCGCCGGGCCGCUGCGUCUGUGCGCGCCGCCAUCUUGCAAUAUCUGCAAGAAACCCAUGUCAGCAUUGCUGUCAAACAUAAAGGUAUGUGCGUGUGUGUGCGCGUGUGUGUGUGCGUGCGUGCCCAUACCCCACACAAUGUUUAGAACUGUAUGCACCCUUCUGUGCUUUGCAUGUUUUAGCCUAUCAUGCCUUCUGUUAGGAUACGGAUUUUAGCUAUUGAUCUGACUCCAAAUUGCGAUCAACACUUAACACAAGAAUUAUGUCCAAAUCCACACACUGUCGCACCUAACAAUUUUGCGAGUUCGUUCUGUCAAAGAGAAAACCAGUAGAUCAAUUAGGCCGAAUUUACCAAUUGUUUAAUCCUGACAAAGCAAGAUGUCAGGGUUUUCCAAACUAUCUUGAUCUAUGAUUAUGGUGGAAUGUAUAUAACCGGUAAUAAAUAACUUAGGUAGAUUAGUUUUAUGCUUACGUUGGUAUGUAACCGGUAAUAAACCACUUAAGUCUGUCCCAUCCUAAACAAUGUCGUAAAACAUCCCCUGCUCUGUUUUCCUAGAUGUCAAGAGCUUUAACUUGUUUAUUCAGUCUACUGUCACCCCCACCCUUUUUCUCUUAAUAAAGAUGGUCUUGUGGGAAGCGAGAGUUAGACUUCAUUCGACUAUCGCUGUGACAACAGCGACGAGUGAACUCUCCGCCUGCAGGUGCCCAAAACGACUAACUUGUCUCCGAGUGGUUCUUGCAAAAUAAGUUAGAGUGAGCACCACCCUAACAUUUUGGUGCCGAAACCCGGGAUCCCUCAUACCCGCCAUCUGGCUGACGGAGGACGACACGCUGCACACCGUCGACGGGCCAGCGUCCAUUUAGCCGGACCUGGUACAGAAAGACCUAGGAAGGAAAUUCUUCGCUGGGCCAGCAUCUUAAGUCUGCCUUCGUCUGACAGAUGUGGAUUGACGGGAUCCGGCUGAACAGCGAACCAAGGAGACAAGUCGACAAACCCAUCGAUCCAGGAGACUGGGUCUACAUCAAGGUCGUAAAAAGAAAGAACUGGCUCAGCCCACGGUGGGAGGGACCAUUCCAAGUCUUGCUGACUACCCCCACCGCAGUGAAGAUUGCUGAACGGCCCAGCUGGAUUCACCUCAGCCACUGCAAGUUGCAGAGAGUGCUGGACCCCUAAUUCGGAGUGGUGGGGAAGACUAACUUCAAAGGAGUCCUAUCGUUUAGGGUGGGACGUCUCAAUGUUGGUGAAGAAAACAACGAUCCCCACUCCGCUAGGCGAGGGGAUGUCCCGGUGUCUCUGCCAUCCUAGUAGCAACGGGGCUCCAUAUGCCAGAUGGAUCCUCUGCUGCGUUGUGGUUGGAGCGUGCUAUGGUCUAUGGACUCAUUUGAACAGACCAAGUGACAAUGUUGACCGUGGAAAACGAUGGUCACACGAUGAGAACUUUGAGGACUGGUCAUGGGACCCCAAAAACCCAUACGAAACCAACACGUGGUACCGGUACGUUAAGUUCACUGUGAGAGCCCACACACAGGAGGGAUGCUAUGUGUGUUCAAAGCUCCCCCCUUCCUCCACGCAAGUUCACUUGGAGGCCAGAGCAAUGAAUGUCACUGAAGCGAAAUGCAUGGCAUCCAUGGGAGGAGUUGGAUAUCAACACCCUGCCGUCAAAGUGAGUGAUGACGACCCUUUCCGCCCUGGACUUGUGGAAGGCACCUGUGAUAAGCUUUUCUGGACAAAUCUCAAUGUGACUGUUAAAGGACGAACAUUACCGCAGGUGGCCUACACAGAGCGGCGGCCUGGAGUGGACUAUACGUGUUACAUCCAAGGAAGUGAGACCCACAAAUGCAUUGACAGUGACUGCUCUCCAGGAGGAAACUGGAUGGGAGCUUUGGACAUCGUCACUGAGUGUCAAGAUAGGAGAGCCAUUUCAGUUGGGGAGGGCUCUCCGACUAACAUGUCUGCACCAUCGAACGGAACAUACUUCAUACAGAAUGGCUGGUGGCUGUGCGGUCACAAGGUUUAUCCAAUGCUGCCCGCCAACUGGACAGGAGUGUGUGCACCAGUGUGGGUGACAGACCACACCUACAGGAUACGACAUCGACAGCUGACGACAGCACGCAACUCUUCUGGACGUCAACGCAGAGCGGUUGCAACCUUUGACCCUCAUGACCCUAUCUGGGGUGCGAAUGUUCCAGGCGACCAUAAAGUAUGGUCCGUUGGAGACAAAGUUGUUCAUGCGCUUUUUCCCUGGGUCGGAAUUGGAAAACAAUCACUCUUCAUCGAGACACUGAACUAUCGUUUUCAAUCCUUUGCGAAUCUCUCACUACAAGUCAACGAUGGACAAAAUAGAGAGAUUCAGGCUAUUAGGCUGAUGGUCUUGCAAAACAGGAUGGUUCUGGACUUGUUGACAGCAGCACAAGGUGGUGUGUGCCACAUCAUUGGGACUUCCUGUUGCACAUACAUUCCUGGAGAAAAUGAUACACACAUCUAUGACGCCAUGGCUUCGCUGAAGAACUUACAGCAGGCCAUGUCAAAUGACAAAGUUCCACAACAGUGGGGUUUCUUUUCAUGGCUAUUCUCUGGCAACUGGUGGCAACUGCUUUUGAAACUAGUGUCUCCUGUGCUUGUUGUGCUGGUGUUGUUGUGCUUGUUUACAACCUGUGUUAUCCCAUGUUUGAAGUCUGCUGUGACGAGAGUCGUCUCUUCUACCGUAGCACACGUAAAUAUACAACUUCUUAGUCGUGACGGAUGUGAUGACCAUGAUGAAACGCGGAUUGCGUAGGUGCUAUUAUACUGGACGUGUUUUACAGAAACUUGAUGAUUUGACCAUCGAAAAUGCUUCGCAAGUGAUGGAUACAAUGAUGUACUGUUUCUGUGUUUUUCUUUUUAUUUUUUUGUUGAUAGCAUUCUGGUCGCCUAAGGCAGAGGGACCGUGUGUGACUUUUCCUGCAUAUUAACAUCGGCCAGCAGGUUUUUAGACCACACAAUAAGUUUAAUCUGGAGUAUUGAGGAAUGUCCUCAUCUUCACUGGAGGUUGUUGCUAUCAGUGUUUGUUGUUUUUGUCGUGUUUCACCCUACACGCUCCCCAAGCCGUCCGCUGUGAUCUCAGCUUUUUAUUGAUCUUUUUUAUUAUUGUUUUUUUAUUUUUGCUAUUCUUCUUUAUAUUUACUUACUUACUUAUGUUUGAUUGAUCGGGUUCACAUAAUCAUAUGAUAAAACAGGAGGGAGAUGUCAGGGUUUUCCAAACUAUCUUGAUCUAUGAUUAUGGUGGAAUGUAUAUAACCGGUAAUAAAUAACUUAGGUAGAUUAGUUUUAUGCUUACGUUGGUAUGUAACCGGUAAUAAACCACUUAAGUCUGUCCCAUCCUAAACAAUGUCGUAAAACAUCCCCUGCUCUGUUUUCCUAGAUGUCAAGAGCUUUAACUUGUUUAUUCAGUCUACUGUCACCCCCACCCUUUUUCUCUUAAUAAAGAUGGUCUUGUGGGAAGCGAGAGUUAGACUUCAUUCGACUAUCGCUGUGACAACAGCGACGAGUGAACUCUCCGCCUGCAGGUGCCCAAAACGA